AUGGCAGUUGAUGACAGUGGUGAUGAGAUGGAGGAUGAUGUGUUGAGCCUUUGUGAUCAGAGUGAGGCCGAAGAGGAGACACAAUCUGUUGAUUUGGCGUGCCGUCUCGCACAGCGCGUGGUGCAAGAAGGUAUACACCUUGACAUCACCAAGGCGGUUCAGGACGCAUCCCAUCAAAGCGUGUCCACAGAGUUUGAAGAGGUCUCAGCCUUCAGUGAGGAAGAAGAAGAGGAUAGAGUGCUUGAUAAGGAGGCGGAAGCGGCUCGCUUGGAGGCUCGCCAGACGCUGAUCCAAGCAGCUCAGAGUGGACGUUUGCUCACGGCGCUGCAAGAAGCUACUGCUGCAAAGGCAGAGAUGGACGUUGCUGCUCUUCGUCAAGAGGCCAAGCAAAAGUUGUUGGCAGCUGCCCAAGAUGGACGCUUGGCAGCUGCUUUCAAAUCCAAGGCUGAAGCGGUUGAAGUGGAGCCACAAGAACCUGAUGUGGAGUCGCUGCGCCGCGAGGCUCGGGAUACACUCCUCAAAGCGGCUCGCGAUGGUCGAUUGGCAUCAGCCUUCAGCGAUAUGCGGAAGGCUGAAGUGGAGCCGAAAGAACCUGAUGUGGAGUCGCUGCGCCGCGAGGCUCGGGACACACUCCUCAAAGCGGCUCGCGAUGGUCGAUUGGCAUCAGCCUUCAGCGAGAUGCGGAAGGCUGAAGUGGAGCCGAAAGAACCUGAUGUGGAGUCGCUGCGCCGCGAGGCUCGGGAUACACUCCUCAAAGCGGCUCGCGAUGGUCGAUUGGCAUCAGCCUUCAGCGAGACGCGGAAGGAGCAGACAAAACAACAAGAUCUGGAAGUCAUUCGAGAAAAGGCACGAUGUGCUUUGCUCAAUACUUUGGAGUCCGGACAAUUUCAGAAGGCAAUGGAGGAGAUUGCAGAAAGCCGGAAGGCAGCUGAAAUUCAGGCAGAUCCAGUCCCGUCCUUGCCUUUGUCCUCAAAGAUGCCUGGCCGUGCCAAGCGGCGCGUGAUUGGAGCUGUUGUUCGAGCACCAUCGGAAUCUGUUCCUGUGGACCCUUCUCCGCCGGAUGCAUCUCCAACGUCGCAGCUUGCUUGGUUCAUGGCUGGCCCUCCUUCGAAUGGUCUUCGGCAAAAGGAUUUUGCAGCAUUCAACAUCGACAAUCGGUUCGAUGCAACCGAACCCCGCGGCCUUACUCGCAAGUCCAGCAUCACAUCAAUGUUUGAAGCGCUAGGCUCUGCGGAUUUGGUUCAAAUGAAUGCCAAAGAAAAAGUGCCGUCGAGGCUCUACAGCUUCAAGCCUUCUACUCCAGGAGAUCUGUGCAAAGCCCGAGGUCUUGCAAAGCCCGGCAUGACUAGCUCUGCAUCUGCCAUGGCUUUGGAUUUGGGAUUGGACUUGGCUUCAAAGGACCCAUCGACAUUCCAGGCUUCCAUUCCAAAUAUCUUAUCAUAUUUUGAGACGCCAAAAUCCCUUCCACGAGGCAGUUGUUUGAACGUGGGAAGUGAAUCGGAAGACAAUCCUGGAUAUCCCGACGGACACGACAAUCCUGCAUUUGCUGAAGAACCUCGCCUGCAGAACUCUUCAGGACCGCAUUGGGACCCCAUCCAUGGGUACUCGGUGCUCUUCGGCGCAGGCCUCGAAUGA